GUAGCUCAACACUUCGGUUCAGUUCGCUCGCGGCGCUCGCACGGUUCGUGUUUCUUGUCGUUACGUCCUGCUUUCCUUUUCGAACGAUUUCGUGGUCACAACCGUCACUCGAAAGGGACCCGUUUCGUAUAUACGUGCGCGUGUGCAUGCACAUCGAACUAUUUACCACACAGAAAAUAAAUACGAAAAGAUUCACACAAGAAUCAACACACGGAAUACCAUCUUUACGUACGAGUGAAAAGUAUAGUUUCGAAAAUGGCGGGAGAGAGAGAUAAAGAAGUACCUUAACCUGUCACGGUGCAACAAGUGAACGCCGUCACGUGGAAAAACGAAUUCUUCGGUGUAUCGACGAUUGUUGAAAGUUUCGCGAAUGGUGUGUCACUUCGAUAAAGGUUGAACGUAUCUGUGUUUUUCGAUUCCAUCACGUUAAUAUUCCUUCGUGUUACGACGCGCGAAACGACUUCGUUACCACUACUUCGAGCGCCCGGCGUAUUUCGAUAAUCGAAUCUAUCGAUCGAUCAUUCUCGGUGUCUGGCGUCGCGAGACUUCUCUUCGCGGUGUGUGAUCGCGUUCGAAUAUCUCGAUUACGUGUUAAACGCGAAAAAUGAACGUCGAUUCGAACGAUUCGAGCUCGCGAGUGAUCGACCCGUGCGAACGGAAAUGAUAUCCGCGUGUCGAUGGAAACAAGACACGAGGAUAAAAGUGCGAAUGAUCCGCGGCGAUUGUAACGAAUGUCGAGUGUCGUUGUGAUCGGUGUGACCCACGAUUCAAUUCCAACGGCGAAGACUAGUUAAGAAUUUCGUUGCUUUCUCUUUGAUUUAUGACUCGCGUGUGCGUGAAUGGUUGUCUUUGUUCGUCGAUAUCGCGAAUUGCGAAUAUUCUCGUGAAUCAUGGCUGUUCGAAUGCAUCGCUCUUCUUUAAUGUUACGAAGCUUCUUCUUUCUCUUGUUGCUCCUGUGGAAUCUGAAUGUCGCGCAUGCUGCUCGUGGAUUUAGACACAACACGAGGCACGGCCACUCCGCGGUAUACGGGAUGAACAGAAGUCUGAAAAGUGGGGGGAUAUUCCCGUCGACGUUCAACGUGGCCGCGAAGGCGGAUAUUUUCGUGAACGCGACCUGCGGCGAGGAAGGGCCGGAAACCUUCUGCAAACCUUCCGAAUCGUCGAGGUGCGGGGUGUGCGACGCGAGGAGCCCGGAUCCCGGCAAGAGGCACAACAUCACCAACAUACUCGACUCGAGCCCUGGAAAGUGGUGGCAGAGCCCCACCCUGGCCAGGGGGGAUCGCUACGAGUACGUCACUAUAGUUCUCGACCUGAAACAGGUGUAUCAAAUAGAAUACGUGAUAGUGAAGGCGGCGAAUUCACCGAGGCCGGCCGCCUGGAUUUUGGAGAGAUCUGUCGACGGUGAAAAUUUCCAGCCGUGGCAGUAUUACGCGCCCAGCGACGAAGAAUGUUGGACGCGUUACUCCGUCCCUCCUGUCACGGGAAAACCGAUUUUCAUCGGUGACGACGAUGUGAUAUGCACCAGCGUCUAUUCCAGACAGACUCCUAUGGAAAACGGAGAGAUCCAUACCCAUCUGGUGAACGGUAGACCUGGUGCCCUGAAUCACAGCACGAGCCUGCAGGAAUUCACGCAGGCGAGAUACGUACGGCUUCGUCUUCAGGGUGUUCGACGUAACGGAGAGACGAUCGCUGACAAAAGGCGCGCUUUCUACUCGAUAAAGGAGAUCAACGUCGGCGGAAGAUGCCUGUGUUCCGGCCACGCUGGCAGAUGUCGCUACAGCGUCCAACACGGGCAUCAAGAAUGCGAAUGCGAGCGCCACACGUGCGGCGAAAGAUGCGAAAAAUGCUGUCCCAUGUACAAUCAAAUUCCGUGGAAACCUGGCACAGCUGCGAAGGGCUUUCACUGUGAGAAAUGCAACUGCAAUGGACAUGCAACCUCGUGCAGAUAUGAUCAGGAUGUGGCCGAUGGAAGAAUGUCCAUGGACAUUCGUGGGAAAUUUCGUGGCGGUGGCGUCUGCAUUAAUUGCACAGAGCACACGGAUGGAAUCAAUUGCGAGAAGUGUCGAGUUGGUUAUUACAGGCCAAACGGGAUUACCCCUGAUGCACCUGAACCGUGCUUGCCCUGCGACUGCAACGAGCACGGUAGCACGGGUUACUGCACCCCGGAUGAUUCCUAUACGCACAUGGGAAAGGUAGCAGGCGCUUGUGAUUGCAAACCGGGUUACUCGGGGUACAAGUGCGACCAGUGCGCUGCCGGUUACCGCCAGUUCCCCGAUUGCAUGCCCUGCCCAUGCGAUUCCCGCGGGAUCCUCCCAUCCCACGAUUGCGAAGGCGAUUGUCUUUGCAAGGCGAACGUCGCCGGCGAGUUGUGCGACCAGUGCAAACCGGGACAUUUCGCGCUCACCAAGGAGAAUCUCGAUGGAUGCCUUCCCUGUUACUGUUUCGGGAUCACCGAUCGCUGUUCCAUCGCUAGAUUGUCCUAUUCUGCGAUAUCCUCGAUGGAGAAUUGGCUGGUGACCGACAUGAACGCAACCCGCGCGAUUGUUCCUAUUUUGGACACGGAUAACGGGUGGCUCACGAUCGCAGCGUUCGACGUCGAAUACGAUAGUCCGUUCUGGUUAGCUCCGCGAAUUUAUUGCGGUAAUCGAAUCUCGGCUUACGGCAGCAAUCUUACUUAUUCCGUAAGCUGGAUCGUUAUGCGCGGUGACACCAGUGGAAAACCUACCACGGGACCCAACGUUAUUCUUGUCGGUAAUAAUGGGAUGCGAAUAGCUUACGGCGAGGAACAAUAUAAUGGGCAGGAAGCGGAGAUCAUGGUGCCUCUACGCGAAAAUGGCUGGUAUCACGUACGCGGCGAGAUUCAAGAUAUACCUACUAGGUUGAGAAGAACCGAAUUUCGCGGAGAUUCCGUUAGCAGAGUACAAAUGAUGAACGUUCUCACGGAUUUGAAGUAUCUUUUGAUAAGAGCGCAAUAUCAUUCCGAGCAGAUCGAGGGAAGUUUACAGUCAGCAGUCCUAUCGACCGGAGAGGUUUCGUCCGAUGGCGAGAAUAAUAAUUUGGUCGAGAGCUGCGAAUGUCCUCAAGGAUAUACCGGCUUGUCUUGUGAAAAUUGUGCUUGGGGUUACGUAAAAUUAAUCAAAAACGGAUCUGAUUAUCAAGAUCAUCACGUGUGCGUAAAAUGCGAUUGUAAUGGGCACGCGAGUACCUGUGAUCUUGUUCUCGGAGAAUGCACGAUCUGCGAACAUAACACCGUGGGCCCGAAAUGCGAUCGCUGCGCGCCCGGUUUUUACGGCAUUGCUCUGAAAGGCACACCGAACGAUUGCAAAAGAUGCGCCUGCCCACUUUUGAUCGAGAGCAACAAUUUCAGUCCAAACUGUCAACUCGAUGAUCCUACAGACGUAGAUAGCGGAUACGUGUGCACUCAAUGUCCAAACGGUUACACCGGCGAUCAUUGCGAAAGCUGCGACGUAGGAUUCUUUGGAAAUCCUUUGAUACCCGGUGGCACGUGCGAACCCUGUUUCUGCGGCGGCGGCCCUUGCGAUCAGGAAACCGGACGCUGCUUGGAGUGUCGUGGUAACACGGAAGGCUGGAAAUGCGACAAAUGUAAACCAGCUCAUUACGGAAAUCCCUUGGAACAGAGCUGUUUGCCGUGCAACUGCGAUCCUGGGGGCAGCAAUUCCCUCGAGUGCGACGAGAAGAGCGGCCAGUGUCCCUGCAAGCCUUUGUUCGAGGGUCGCGACUGUUCCUCCUGCGUCGAAGGUUACGGGAACGUGACCGCGGGUUGCCGGGAAUGCGACUGCGACGUGGGUGCCCUCGACGAGGUCUGCGAUCCCGUCACAGGCGAGUGCAGGUGCGCGGACGGCGUCCUUGGCUUCCGCUGCGACCGUUGCCACCCCGAUCAUUACGGAUUAUCCGCGGAUGGCUGCAAAGGAUGCCGAUGUAAUCCCGUUGGCUCGAUAAGUUCUACCUGCGACAUCGUGACGGGGCAAUGCCAGUGCAAGCCUCACGUGGCUGGCAGGCAAUGCGAUCAAUGCACGGUCGGGUUCUGGGGCUUGCCAACGGGAGCGGGAUGCGCCCCUUGCGGAUGCGAUCCCAUCGGAGCGCACAACUCUUCCUGUCACGACUCUCUGGGCCAAUGUUACUGCAAGCAAGGUGUAGGAGGGACGCGUUGCGACACGUGUCUACCCGGAUAUUACGGAUUUUCCUCGAACGGGUGUCAAGUGUGCGAUCCGUGCAUACGGCCGGGCCACAUCUGCGACCCCGACACAGGUCGGUGCGUGUGCCCAACCCUGACCUUCGGCGAGCACUGCGACAGAUGCAGACCCGGCUCCUGGGAUUUGGUGGCGGGGAUUGGGUGCAGGCCGUGCGCGUGCACCCUCGGCUCGACGAAACCCCACUGCGACCACCGGGGACAAUGCCCCUGCAGGAUAGGCUACGCCGGGCUUAGGUGCGAGAGAUGCGCCAAAGGUUACUACGGUUAUCCCAGGUGUCGGCCUUGCGGUUGCAACGUGGCCGGCACCACGCGCUGCGAUCACGAAACUUGCGAUUGCGACGACGAGGGACAGUGCCCUUGCAAGGAAUACGCGGUUGGAAGGCAGUGCGAUCGGUGCAAGGAAGGCACGUUCGGUUUGGCGUUCGACAAUCCGAAAGGUUGCACCGAGUGCUUCUGUUUCGGGAGAACAACUUCUUGCCAGCAAGCCGGCCUUAGUUGGGGGCAGAGGAGAUUGGCGCGUCCGCGAACCCUCUACGUCAAUGAUACCAUCAACGAAAUAGCGGUGAGCAAAUUUAGGUCGCAAGUUUUUUUAUCUCCCGUUAACGGCGGUUUGAACAUGACCAACGGACUUUCGACGAUUCCCGACACCGAGGGUGAUGUCACGAUACCGGCACACUUGUAUUACAAUUAUCCCCUCUACUGGAUGCUGCCCGAGUCUUUUCUCGGCGAUAAGGUGGUUUCUUACGGAGGAUUUUUAAGAUUCACUAGUUCGACGGAGGGUGGAAUACCUUUGAGAUCGACUUUUCAAUAUCCAAUAGUGCAACUGCAAGGAAACGAUAAAAUUGUCCUGGAAUAUUAUUUACCCGUGCCUGCCAACGAUAAUCAUUACGAAGUCAGAUUUCACGAGUCGUUGUGGCAGUUGCAAAACAGGCCCGACUACAAAGUGACGAGGGAGGUUUUGAUGGUUGCGUUGCAAAAUUUACAAUACAUUCUGGUAAAAGCUUCCGACAAUGCUGAAUUUACGAAAGCAACUCUACUCGAAGCUUCCAUGGACGCCGCAGUUUUAACACCUACCCACACCCCACAACUCGCGACCGGUGUCGAGAUUUGCAAGUGUCCCCCAGAAUACAACAGCACAUCCUGUCAGGAUCCGAGUAUCGGUUAUUAUCGAUGGUAUAAAAAUACGACGGUUACAUCGACCAUCGUGAUCGAUCUCGUUGGAGAAGCGAAAGCAUGCCAGUGUAACGGAAGAUCUAAUAUUUGCAACAUAGAAACGGGAUAUUGCUCGAAUUGUCGAGGAAAUACCGCGGGACCAAGAUGCGAUAUUUGCGCGGACAGUUUCUACGGGCAUGCCGACUUUGGUUGUAAACCGUGUCCCUGCCCUCAAGUAGACAAGAGAUUUUCAAGCACUUGCACCAUUCUCGCCAACACGGAACCGAUCUGCAUUUGCAAACCUGGUUAUACCGGUAGGAAAUGCGAACGAUGCUCUCCCGGAUAUUACGGAUUCCCUCAUCUUCCCGCUGGAAAAUGUACGCCGUGCGAAUGCAACCCCGCUGGAAGUUUGAACGAUGAAUGCGACACGGAAACGGGGCAAUGCAGGUGCAGAGCUGGCUCUACGGGCCGCGACUGCUCCGAAUGUACAGCGUUUCGCCACGUUUUUAUAAAUAACGUUUGCACGUCGUGCAACGAUAAUUGCACCGGUAUACUGCUCGACAAUUUGGCUGCGCUUUCGCAAGAAUUAGCGGAAGGUACCGUGCACAUAGCAGACGGAUACGUUCCCCCUCCGUGGCAGGAAUUAUCGUAUAUCGAUUCGAACACGACCGAGUAUUUGGAGGAGAUGAAUCGGCAGAAUAAAUUGAGGCAAAGGGUGAAAAAUAUUCCGUGGAACAAGUACAGAGAGUUGUUGAAAGAAGUCGAAGUGUUGCUCAGAGCUGCUAAUGAACAAGUCAAACGUUCGGAUAUUGCAAAUUCAAAAAGCAAUGAUCUAAAGAACAACAUAUUUAGCGCAAACAUCGAAAUGGACAAUCUGAAGAAAUACAUAGAAGAUACAAUUUUACUGUUGAAUCAAUACAGCAACGAAAACAAAAGGAUAGAAUUGAAGAAGGCGUUAAAAACGGCGAAAAUGAUUUUGAACGGCAUGAAGGAAGCGAACUUGACGAGGAAACGGAUGGAAAUAGAAGGUUUUCUCGACGAUGCCCAAGAGAACAUCGAUUGGUUAAAUUCCCUGUACGAUGCAACGGAACCGCUCGCAAUCGCUCAAGACGACGUCGAGGAAUACUCGAUCAAGUUAAACGACAUGAGAAGCAUCAUAGAAGAGACGAUGGAAACGUUGUUCACGUACGAUGGAUUGUACAACGAUAUUAAUCAAACGUUUUUAGAGGCUAAGAAUUAUUGCGACGAGAUCACAGUGUUGCACAACAAUAUCAACGCGUCCAUCAUCGAGGGGGAAAAGUUGACGAACGAGACGCGUGGUUUCAUCCUCGAUUUCCAAAAUAACGUUCAAGAUCUUCCAGAACUACGAAACAAAUUAGCAUACUGGUUUGAUAAAUUGGGUAUGAAGGAGGAACUGCUGUACAGAUUAAAUUACGAAUAUAACGACACAUACGUGAUACCCGCGAUUGCACACGUGAAGAAUUUAUCAAGCUACGUUGAUCAGUACGUCAGUCUGUUUUCCGAGACAAGAAACAUCGCAGCUAGCCCGCUCAAGGCCAGCCAAGCGUACAAGAAUAUCGUCGAUAACAUAAGAACUGCGAAUAUCACAGCGAUGGAAGGUAAAGAGAUUGCGAACGAUGCGUACAACAAGACGUUUCCCAACGGGCCGAAUUCAAAGUCGUUGUUGGACGUUGCUAAAGAGGUGUCGCGAGCAUCGUCCAAGCAAUUGGAUCGCGCGAAACAGCACGGGGAAUUGGUGAAAAAGGCGAGUGUUGAAUUGGAAUUGCAAAAGGAAGCUGUGACCCUUUUGAAAAAUACUUUGAACAACACCGGAAUCAGAGACAAUCAGGUUAAUCUAAAAUUGCAAAAGUUGAAAGAUGAUAGUAAGAAAUUACGAGAAGACAUAGAGAAUACAUUAAGAGACAACGAAGUAGUACUAGAAAACGUGGAAACAUCGCGAAAACUUAUCGAGGAUUACGAGGAAGGAAUUGCCGAUAGAUUGAAACCAAAACUGAACGAAUUGAAAAGGGAAGGUGAUUCUAAGAUUAGUUUAGCUAGCGAAAAACUGACGGAAGCGCUUAGUAACACGAAAAAAGCAGACGCGAGAUUAAUAAGCUUUUCGAAUGCUGCCGCGAAAAGGAAGAAUGUAUUCGACAAAUGGAACGAUACAUUGGCCACGAAAUUGCAGAAUCUCAAGGAUAAAAUUGCCGAAGCUAGAAAUACCGCUGACGGAAUUCGCGUUUCUUUGAAAUCAGCCGAAGGAAAAGAAUGUAGCCGUUCCUACAGGCCAUCUACAUUGCAGCCAACAUCCACGAAUACAAUCGUGAUGACGUUCGCGCUUCCGAAAGGGAAGAAAGAAGGCUCUCUGUUUUAUUUGCCAAGCAGCAUAAAUGAUGACUUCAUUGCUCUCGAGCUGGUUGACAGAAAGGUGAGAUUCGUAUGGAACGUUGGAGGAGGUACGGGGAUUCUUACGCAUCCUGAGACGAUACACAGUAGUGAUAUCGAGGACGACAGGUUCUGGUACCGCAUCGAGGCUGAAAGGGUACGACACAUAGGUAAAUUAUAUGUACGAAAGCAAGCAUCCCCAGCUAGAGGACAUCCUGUGGUAAAGAAUUCCACGAACUCUGAGUACGGUCGUUUCGAAAUUACCAUGUCGGAUCGUGUCUGGAUAGGAAAAAUUCCCAGACCAGAGCGAAGAAGGACCGAGCUUAUCGCGUCUAGUGGACUUCCAGGAUGUAUACAUCAAGUGAUUUUAGACGGGAAACCUAUAGGUCUUUGGAACUUUGUUACAACCGCGCCAGAUAUGGCUUGCGAGGCGUGUGUGGAAGGAGUGGAAGAUGUGAGCGACGACACAGUUUACAGUUUUAAUGGAGAAGGAUAUGCGGUCAGAAACAGAGUUUCUUCAGGACCGUACAAUCCAUACCGGUUUGUAAUAUCGAUAAACUUCAGGACUUACGACGAGAAUGCCUUGCUAUUUCUGGCUAUCAAUCCGGAUAACAAUCAACAUGUCAUGAUAUUCCUGCGAGAAGGGAAAGUAAUUCUGCAGAUUGGUUACGGUGGUAACGUCAGCAUGGAAAUGUCCUCAAACUUUAAAUACAAUACUGGAAACUGGACAAAGGUGGAUGCGUCCAGAUACUAUCAAUUGCAUAAAAACAUUGAAAAGUGUAGCUUAAGCGUAGGAGAAAACGAUAAGAGAAUCGGGGCACCCACACCUCAGCCCAAAAAGGAAGAUAUCCCCAAUUUUCUUCAAGCUAAAUAUUACAUCGGUGGUGUCCCACCGAGUUUUCGCGCGGAUAAAUUAAUGUUACCCUCCCAAGUUUCUUUCCUUGGCUGUAUGUCUAAUAUCAUAAUCGAGGUCGGCUAUGAUCCAAUGGCGGAACAGUAUUAUGGCGUUGAGCCUAUUUGCACGAAUAAGCCAUUAAGGUUAAUAGGAUUUUACGGAGAUGGUUAUUUGCAACAUACAGCAUACACGUUACGUAAAAUAAAUUCUACGGUGAGUUUCUCGUUCAGAACGAUGCAAGAGAAGGCCGUGCUCCUUCUUUCCACGUUUGAAGGACAAGAAGAACGUAUGCCUCUUAUACGGCACAUGAACGACGAAUCAAACAAAAAGAGUUAUUAUUCCGUGUGCAUAAUCAAUGGACAAGUUCAAGUGCGCUUGAACGCUGGAAAAGGAGAGCUCGUUUUAAAAUCGAAUGACACUUUCAACGAUGGAAGAUAUCACUCGGUAACAAUAAUUAAAAGGCGGAAAGAUGUUGAGUUGCGAAUAGAUGAUGCUUAUCAAACAGCGGGUAAACUACCAACUAGUGCCGCUAUUAAAGCUCCUGAAGAGAGUGGAGGAUUAUUCUUCGGAGGUUUACCUGUCCUUAUCAACAAUACCGAGAUGAUUUCCACCACCACUCCAUUGUAUGGUGCUAUUAAAGACGCGAUAUUUAACGACGAUAUUAUUCGAUUCGAUGAAGUUAUCAGUUUCGAGCAUGCAUUGAUCGGUCGUUCUGGACCAAGUAUGGGAAAAGAUCCUCCUACUUACACACCUUCGGCUUCGUUAUCAAGAGGAAUGUCGACACAACCGGAAGGAUGUCAGAAAGUACCGUAUUAUUCUCUGGAAGCUGGUGCUUUAAAGUUUGGCGACAAACCAAACAGCCAUACUCAAAUUUAUUUAAACUUUAAAAAAUUUUGGGAGAAGAAAUACGCCAUAGAAUUUGAUUUCAGAACAUAUUAUCCAAAUGGUCUUCUGUUCAUUACUCCAGGUCUUAGACCAAAGCACUAUCUCAUGGUCGUGAUACGGGAUGGACAACUUUUACUUUUAGUGAAGAGCAAACAAAAGAAAGAGAUAUUGUUUAAAAUGCCGUUUAAUGAUGGUAACUGGCAUCACGUAGUGAUCAGUCACGAUGAAAGAAAAUUGACGUUGCUCGUGGAUUCUCUAACACCGCACACUAUUAAAGUACCAAGAAAGAUUGGACUGGCUUCUAUGAUGUAUAUCGGAGGUCUACCUGAAAGUGGCACACCGAUUCCUGAACAAGUUGUGGUUAAACUUGAAACCCUAAAAGGCUGCAUCAGAGGAUUGAGGAUCAAUAGAAACGUGUUUGAUAUGGUUGGUUCCACGAGUAGGGCUUAUCAAGUUGGACAAUGCUUCCCAAAUGUGGAAAGUGGAGCUUAUUUCCAAGAUGAAGCAUAUGCCAUAUACAAGAGAAACUUUGAAUUAGGUGCAGUGCUUGAACUUCAAUUGGAAUUUAGAACAUCGGAAUUGUCAGGGGUUUUGCUUUCCAUAACGGCACCCGGCAAUUCGCCUUCAUUGUCAUUGGAACUAAAUAAUGGCAAAGUAAUCAUGUCGGGUGAUUUGGGAGAUAACAAUCCAUUAUAUGCUGAGCAACGUUUUACUAGUCCAUACACGAUCUGUGACAAUCGAUGGCACAGAAUACAAGCGGUUUAUAAUGAUGAGGAAUUGGCAUUAAAGGUUGACGAGAUGGAUCAGAAGUAUGGUCUUCCACCUAACGUCAAUUAUCAUAUGAUGGAUUCUACAAUCUCUGGACCUCUCUACAUUGGUGGUUUGCCAGCCUCUGCACCAAAAGGAACAUUAAUGACAAGAGAUCAUUUCAAUGGAUGUAUAAGAAAUGUGAUGAUAGGAGGAGAAAGACGGGAUUGGACAGACAUGGAUGAAUUGCAUAACAUUCACUUGAGCUCCUGCCCAGUACAAUGAUAAUCAGUACAAUGUGUGAACUCCUCUGAGUCAUUCAAUUUAGUUCCAAAGACUGUUCAAAGGAUGCACAAUGAAAUGAAAGGUUUCUAUGAACGGUGUUCAAAUGCGAUUUCACACCAGGAUCAAGUGCCAUAUCAUGAUGGGAAAUUCUCUAAUUGUUAAGACAUAAGAUUAAACGAAGCCAAAAGAUGCUAACAUGCAAAUGCAUGAAGUUUGUAUCAAUGUUUCUCAAACUUGUUUUUAUUGUUAUAAAGUUCUAUGAUAACAAAUUCUUACAAAAUGUUAAUGAAAAUUCUUUGUAUUUUUAUAUGUAUCUGAUAACAAAUUAUAUUUAUAUUAAAAA